CGACUCCCAAUCCAAAUCCAACCCGGCGCAAUCUAUCAUCAUGACCACGCCCAUCCCGCAACCGCCGGCCAUCCCGUUCCUGGGCAACAUCCGCGACAUCGACCAAGUGGUGCCCGCGCGCAGCUUCAGUCUCCUAGCAAAACAGUAUGGCGGGAUAUUCAAGCUGGCGUUUGCCGGGGACGAAGUCAUCUUCAUCAGCUCUUAUGAACUGCAAAACGAAUUGAGCGACGAGAAGAGGUUCGAAAAGGCGGUCCGCGGUCCAUUGGAGGAGAUACGCGCAGGAGCGGGAGAUGGUCUCUUCACCGCUUAUCUCACGGAACCGAACUGGGGCAAGGCCCACCGCCUGUUGAUGCCUGCUUUCGGCACGGUCGCGCUACGCGGCAUGUUCGACGACAUGAUGGAUGUAUGCUCGCAGCUGCUUCUAAAAUGGGAGCGGUUCGGUCCUACCCACGUUAUUGACCCUAUUGAAGACUACACGCGGCUCACGCUCGACACCAUCAGUUUGUGCGCCAUGUCAUACAGACUCAACUCCUUCUAUAUGGAAAACCAACUACCAUUCGUCAAAGCGAUGUCCGACUUCCUUGGGGAAGCAGCCCUGCGUUCCCGUCGCCCGGGAAUCGUGCAAGCCUUCAUGAAAGGCAGUCAAGCGAAAUGGGAGCAGGAUAUCAAGGCCAUGACCGAACUUGCGGAUCGCAUCAUCGCUGAUCGCAAGGCCAAUCCAUUCGACUCGAAGGAUGUCCUGAACACGAUGUUGAACGGCAGAGACCCGAAGACGGGCGAAGGUCUUAGUGAUGAAAACAUACGAUACAACGUUAUCACGUUCCUCAUUGCCGGCCAUGAGACUACCUCAGGAAUGCUCGGGUUCACUACAUAUUAUCUCCUCAAAAACCCACAUGCACUGGAAAAACUCCGUGAAGAGAUCGACUCAUUGCUCGGCGAUCAGCCCAUCCAGUACAGUGACAUCAGCAAGAUGCCGUACUUGGUCGCAUGUAUGCGGGAAAGCCUGCGCCUUGCCCCAACCGCCUUCGCUCGAACCGUUCUCCCGAAAGAGGACACGACGCUGUGUAACGGGAAAUAUGCUGUUGCUGCGGGACAAAGGAUAGUGAUGCUGGCUGCUUUCGCUCACCUGGAUCCGACCGUAUGGGGAGAGGAUGCUGAAGAAUUCCGUCCCGAGCGAAUGCUCGACGGGAAGUUUGAGGCACUUCCUCCUAAUGCCUGGCAACCUUUUGGUUAUGGGAUGCGCGGCUGCAUUGGCCGAGCUUUCGCUCUUCAGGAAGCACACCUGGUGCUCGCAUCGAUUUUCCAGAAGUUCGAUCUCACCAUGGAAGACCCCUCGUACAGCUUGCAGAUCAAGCAAACCUUGACCAUCAAGCCGGAUCGCUUCUACGUGCGCGUUAGUCCGCGAAAAGGGAGACGCCACUUGGUCGCGGCUCCCUCGUCCACCCUGUUCAAGACGCUGAGCAAUGACGGGAAGGAAAGCGAGAGCUCUGUCCCGGCGCCGGCGCCUGUUGACCCAUCGCGGCCUCCGGUUUAUGUUCUUUACGGGUCCAACGGCGGGUCGUCCGAGGCGUUUGCCCAAAGACUGGCGACUGAUGCGGCAUCUCAUGGGUUCCGUGCUACACUUGGUACCCUUGAUUCUGCUACAGGGCAUGUACCUACUGACGGUCCGGUCGUCGUUAUCACUGCCUCAUAUGAGGGGGAGCCCCCGGACAAUGCUGCUCAGUUUGUGAGCUGGCUUUCAGCCUUGAAAGGCACUGAGCUGGAAGACGUGAACUAUGCUGUCUUCGGGUGCGGCAACCGCGACUGGGUUCAGACCUACCAACGCAUUCCGAAGCUCUGCGAUUCGCUGUUCGAGCAGCGUGGCGCUAAACCUAUCAUUCCUCGCGGCGAAGGCGACGCAAGCGACGCUAUGUUCUUCCAAGCCUUCGACAACUUCGGAGCUUCGCUCUGGGAGACCUUGAAGAAGACCUUCGCCACUACAGAUACCGCACCAGGAGAAAACCUCAGUAUCAAGGUUAUUGAUCCGGGAACGUCGCGGCCAGUGGCUCUCCGUCAGACGGACGCAGCGUUGGGAACCGUGCACUCAAACAAACUGUUAACCGCUCCAGGAGCAGCUGAGAAGAGGCAUAUCGAGAUACAGCUUCCCGAGGGGAUGUCAUAUCAAGCUGGCGACUAUCUGGCUAUUCUCCCCCGAAACCCCGACCGCGACGUACGUCGCGCGCUUGCACGCUUCGGAAUACCCGAUGAACAAGAGAUCAACAUUACCGCCGUGGGCCCAACAUCGCUCCCUGUUGGCAAGGAUAUCGCCGUGAACACGCUCCUUAGCGGCUACGUCGAACUCUCUCAACCAGCGACGACGCGAGACCUACACACCCUCAUAUCCCACGCAACUGCGUCGUCGGAGGCCUCCGUCCCUGUCUUGCAAACCCUGUUGAAUGCCCACCGCACAGAAGUAGUGGAGAAACGCCUCAGUGUUCUAGAUAUCCUGGAAGCCCAUCCCUCCAUCAAGGUCGAAUUCACCACAUUCUUGAACAUGCUUCCCGCCAUGCGGAUUCGCCAGUAUUCGAUCUCGAGCAGCAGCUUGCUAGACCCUCAGCGCGCUACGUUGACUGUGAGCGUGCUUGAUGCACCGGCUCUCUCGGGUCGGGAAGAUCGAUUCCUUGGCGUUGCUUCAACGUUCCUGGCGAGCUUGAGGAAGGGGGACAAGGUCCAUGUCAGCGUUCGCGCGUCAUCUACAGCGUUCCAUCUUCCCGCGGAUCCCGAAGUACCGGUGGUGAUGUUCUGUGCAGGAUCUGGGCUUGCGCCCUUCCGUGGAUUCAUACAGGAGCGCGCAGUGCAGAAACGCGCUGGUCGCAAAACUGGAGAGAUGCUCCUAUUCUUUGGCUGCCGCGCGCCAGAGCAGGAUUUCCUGUACUUCAAGGACAGUGGUGACGAAGCGAAGGCAUGGGUAGAUGAUGGCGUGGUGGACGUACGCCCCGCUUUCUCCAGGAAAUCCGAAGAUAGCGCCGGCUGCAAAUAUGUACAGGACCGCAUAUGGCAUGACAAAGAGGAUAUCCACAGGCUGUUCAACGCACAAGCUCGGUUCUACUCCUGCGGCUCUCGAAAGAUGGCGACGGGCGUGAAGGAAAAGUUAGUCGCGCUGAUCAAGGAGUCCGGGGAUAUCGAUGACGCGGAAGCAGAUGCUGCUUUCGAACGCGUGCGAGGCAGAUAUGCGACUGAUAUCUUCGAUUAAUGCUGCUUCCCUUGACUUGUUCUUGUUCGAUAUAACCACGAGAUCGGGA